AUGGCUAAAUUAAAAACAAUUUUAAUACUAACACUAUUAAUGGCUGCUGUGGCUACAUUACAAGCCCAUCUAGAAGAGGAUAUGGAGGAGGAACGUAUGCAUCCUAGUUUUAAGGAGGAAAAGUCUGGAAAAAUUCUGUUGAUGGCCCGUGAAGGCGAAGAUACCAAUGAGUUUUGGUUGAAUAUGGGCAAAGAGUUUGUGCGUCAACAACAGAAGCAGCAACAAAACACCAAUGUGGCUAAAAAUGUUAUAAUGUUUUUGGGUGACGGCAUGGGUUUGACCACCUUGGUAGCAGCCAGAAAUUAUAUAGAUGCUGAACACACCAAAUUAUCAUUUGAGGAGUUUCCCUAUAUAGGUUUGUCCAAAACCUAUUCGGUGGAUAAAAUAGUGCCCGAUUCGGCUACUACAGCCACGGCUUAUUUGUGUGGUGUCAAGGCUAAUUAUGGUACGAUUGGUGUUAAUGCAGCCAUUUUAAGGGAUGACUGUCAGGCCAUGAAAAAUUCCAGUAAUCAUGUUUACUCCAUAGCCAAAUGGGCCAUGGAUGAAGGAAAAUCAGCGGGCUUUGUUACCACCACACGUGUAACCCAUGCCUCGCCUUCUGGUGUUUAUGCUCAUACAGCCGAUCGUGAUUGGGAAAGUAAUGCCGAUAUAGAGCAGGUUUGUGGUGCUGAUCAUGGUUUGGAUGAUAUAGCCCAGCAAUUGAUUUAUGGUGAAGUGGGCUCAAGGCUUAAAGUAAUGAUGGGUGGUGGUAAAAGUGCUUUCAUAGAUAAAACCUUAUAUAGUCAAGGCUGGCGCACAGAUGGCCGCAAUUUAAUAGAGGAAUAUCAAAAACAAUCACCUAAAUAUCAGUAUGUAGAAACCAAGGAACAAUUGGAGCAAUUGGAUUUCUCGCAAACCGAACGCUUGUUGGGUGUAUUUAAUGAUGGUCACUUGGAUUAUCACUUAGAUUCGCUAGCUAAUCCCGAGAAUACUCAACCUACUUUAGAGGAAAUGACCAAAAAGGCCAUAGAGUUUAUGCAGCUGCAAAAGGAUAAAGGUUAUUUCCUAUUUAUUGAGGGCGGCAGAAUUGAUAUGGGUCAUCAUGAUACCAAGGCCCGUUUGGCUUUAGAUGAGACUAAGGAGUUUUCUCAAGCCAUUGCUGUGGCCCGUGAAAUGACCAGUGAAGAAGACACUCUGAUUGUGGUAACUUCUGAUCACUCGCAUACCUUUAGUGUGGCCGGUUAUCAAGAUCGAGGAUCGGAUAUUUUCAGUUUAGUUAGUAAUGCAGAUGAUAAAUUACCCUAUGAACCGUUGAGUUAUGCCAAUGGUGAGGGAUAUUACAAACAUUUCGAUGUUAAGAAUAGCAAACGUGUUAAUCCCGAGGAGGUAUUAAAGGGUGAGGCUAAUGAUGUAUUCCCCGCCACCGUACCCUUGGACUCAGAGACUCAUGGUGGUGAGGAUGUGGGUGUCUUUGCUUCGGGUCCUUGGUCGCAUUUGUUUACGGGUGUCUAUGAACAGAAUGCUAUACCUCAUAUGAUGGCCUAUGCAGCCUGUGUUGGUGAGGGUCUAAAAGCUUGUGAUAGCUUAUCGGAUGGAAGCAUGAAAUAA